AUGUUGGCCAAGGCAAGGGAUGACACCACCCCACCAGGUACCAUCAAAUCUGUCAGGACCCUAUGCAAUGGAGGUAUUGUAGUGGAACUCAAAACAGAAUCAUUAGCUGCUUGGUUGAGUAGUCCCAAUGGUAAAGCAGCACUUGAGAGUAAUAUGGAAUCAACUGUAUCAUUCCACAAACAUUUCUAUCAGAUAGUACUGGAAUUCUUACCCAUUAGCACACAGAUUGAACAAGAUGACUUCCUAAGACAAAUCGAGCAAGAGAACUACCUUCAGCCCUUAUCACUGACAGCAAUUAGAUGGAUCAAGCCCCCAGCAAGAUGUAACACAGAACAAAGGAAAGCAUUCACACUCCUCCAAGUUACUGAUGUACAAACAGUGAAUGACAUUCUAUAG